AUGAAGUUGCGCUGUUUGAGCUUGCUAUAUCUAAGCGCGAGUCUAGCUCUAACCAACAAUGUGCACCUAGACAAGCGAUCUCCAGAUUCAUCAGAGGCGGCGGCUGUUGUUGCUGCUGCUGCUGCUGCUCCACAACCCGACUCAGACGAUACAUCCUCAGAAAAUAUUGAACUUCCACCAACCAUGGGAAAGGAGGAAUUUGAUGCCGUAACUAGUCAAAAACUAACACUUGUUGAGUUCUAUUCACCAUAUUGUCUGCAUUGUAAAAGCUUUUUCCCCACUUGGAAGAAAGCAUACCUGACAUUCAGAUCAAAAUUUGCCAAUUCAAACACUGACAUGAGGCAAGUCAACUGUGUUGAAAAUGGUGAUUUGUGUGAACGUGAACAAAUUGAAUUUUAUCCUAAUAUUCUUCUAUACGCACCAAUUUUGGACAAGGAUGGCAAAUCUACAGGUAAAUCAAAAAAUAUUGGCUCAUUCCCAAGAACAUUGGAGAAGAAUGAAGCCAACUUGAUUAGUUAUAUUCAAGAGUCCGUGGCAGACUACGACCCUGCUUCUGCUAGUAUGCCUUCCGCAUCAAAAGAAAUGAACGUGGAUGAAAUAUUAAAAGCAAUUAGUGGGGAAAUCACCAAGCCUCUCUUUGUUUCCUUCUGGCAAGCGAACAAGAAACAAUGGGAUAGUGUUGAUCUUGGUGGAAAGUUGAGAUUCAGUGAUGAUUGUAUUGAUUGCUUGCGCUCUAAACAAUUGUGGGAUAAAUUGAGCAACAAGAUUGUGUCAUUGGCUGAUUCGGGUCAUUUACUUUGUCAAGAUUAUCCCAAAGUCUGUGAAAAGUUGGAAUUAGAUCGGCUUAAAGACGCAAAAAGGUCACCACCAAGAUUCGUCAUGUUUUUACCAAAAGAUCGGAAAACAAUCAGAUUCGAUUAUGAUGGCCCCAUUGAUAUUGCAAAGAUGAAAUGGUGGGUCAAUAAACUAUUUGUAAAUAGCGCAUAUGAAGUUGUUUCAGCAAGGGGAAUUACCGAGGUAAUGGAAUUUACCAAGACAUUAAGACAUGAGCCGUUUGCGCAAAACUAUCCCUUAAAGAGUAAAGUUACCGUGGUGUUUUUCUUUGAUGUGAAUAAUGUAACUCCCGAGGAUGAGGCGGUGUUGCCGUACAUGUUGCGAACAUUACAAAAAUCACCAUUCAAUAUUCAGUUAUACAAGGGUAAACAUAACCGAAUUCUUGAAAACAUUCAAACGAUGGGUGAAAAUUUGAUUGAAUAUAUCAAUUACGAUGAACAGGAAAAGUAUGAGUUUAAUGAACCUAUGCAGAUUGCCACAUCAAUAACUGAAGUGCCCACUAUUGUUGUCUUUAAAGAAAACUGCUUGAUUCCAGAUAUUUAUCAGAAUUUUGCCCUUGAACAAAUGAGAAAGUACAAUAUGAUUGAAGAGUUUCUUGAACGAGCACAAUAUCCAUUCAUUGCAGAAUUGACUCCGGAGUUAGUAUCAACGUACUUUGUUGAUCAGGAUCAUGUCGAGGACGUCAAGGGUGCAAAAGUGGUUAUAAUUUUUGUUGAUUUGAACAAUUUGAAAGAGACCGAUGAAGCUUUGUACAAGUUGUCCUUGGUGGCUCAUGAAUACAAUUUCCUUAAAAAGAGUUAUUACUUCAACAAAAUUCUCGAACAAAGAGCAUCAAAAGAGCAAGAAGUUGAGAAAUUGAAAGCCAAGAAUGCAGAGACAAUGAAAAUCAUGACGAAAAUGAGAGAGCAAGUUCCUCAUUUAUUCAACAACGACGACGUCGUUUUCACGUUCAUCAACAAGCAAACUCUGAAAGGUUUUGGAUACGUGAAUGGAUGGAGGAUCAGACCUGAUGAUUAUGAGGUUGGUGACGCUAUAGUGGUGUCUAAAGAUCAUCGAUAUUUCUGGGAUACAGACACAAACAAUAAUAGAUUGAGAAAUGAACCCAAACAAAUCAAGCUGGUGCUAAUGUCUCUUUUACAUAAGGAUAACAAAGUUCACUUGAAGUUUGUUGGCUCUCCCUAUGGGGGAUUACUAUAUUUCAUGAAUUAUAUUCAUGAUUUAGGAUUCAUAGGCUAUUUGGGGCUUAUUGCUGUUGUAUAUGCAUUAGUUCAUAUAUCGAUGAGAUUGAGAAGAGGCAGGUAUAGGUCGCAAGGUAUCAUUGGCGUCAACAAUGGAGCAUUUACGCCUAAGAAGCUGAACAAGGAUUAG